AUGGAAGAGGAAAGGAUAGAAAAGACCGAGAAGGAGAUGGUGAUGAAUUUGAAGAAGAAUAAAUUUCCACUUGUAGGCAGCUAUGAGUUGAAGAGUUCAACACAUGAGUACAAGAGAGUGCACCACCUCAUUGGCGAUCCAUGGCAGAAAAUAAAUCAUGAUUACCACAACAUAAAUGAGGAAGAUGGUAGAUUCUCUAAGGAUUCUAGUCAUCGGAAACAAAAACUGCUUGAAAGAGAAACCCAACAUCACAUGGUGAUUAAAGAGUUGGAAUUCUACAAAGAGCAGCUGAGAGGUGCAGAAAAUGACAAGGCACAAGCUAAACAAGAUCUGCACAAGGCCAACCUUGCUCUCCACGACCUAACCGGGAAGCUCGAAAAUCUCAGCGAAUCGAAGCAAGCAGCCAUCAAAGCCACGGAGGCUAUGAAGCGAAGAGCUGCGGAGCUCGAGGUGCAGCAAACCGAAGCUCAAAUGGGCAACGCCGCGUGGAAGCUUGAGCUCGACCUCGAGAGGGAACGCUACAAGGCCUCCUCGGGCGAGCUCAUCGUCGCCAAGCAAGAGCUCGCCAACUUGAGACAAGACUUCGAUGCAGCCCUCGGGGCCAAACUGACCGCCUUCCAGCGGAUAGAGGACGCGCGACAGUCCACCAAAGCCAGUGGGGACAGGCAGAGCAUGCUGUCGAAAGAGGUCGCUAUGCUACGCCGUGCGCUCGAUCAAGUCAAGUUCGACUCGCUCCAAGCGCAGGAGGAGCACCUCAAGCUCAUCGCGGAGAAGGAGGUGCACUUGCUCGUGCACAAGUCCGCGAAAGAAGUGGCCGAGAUGGAGAUCAAGGCCCUUAGAGAGGUCUACGCUCCCGAAGAGAAUUUGGGGCGAAAGCUCGAGGAGGCCACCGAGGCCAUCAAGCUUUUGCAGGAGCAGCUCAACGAUGUGCGCGCAUCCGAUCUCAACUCGCUGCAGACUGCACACAGCGAGCUCGACUGCGCUAGGAAGGAGCUGCAGCAGCUCCUCGCUGAGGAGCUUUCGCUGCGCGCUACUGUUGAGUCGCUCGAGCAUGAGCUGGAAAGGCUCAAGAGGGACCACACCGAGUGUGAGAAGAAGCUGUCUGAGGCAGAGCUGGAGAUCGAGCAGAUGAGGCUCGAGCUAGCUGAGAGGACGGUCGAGCUUGAGACGGCCCAGUCUAGGAAUAUACGCGAGGAAAUGCAGUCCGCUCUCGACAAUUUGCUAGCACAAGUUCAAGCGGAACGAGACCAAGCAGAGAAGUUCCAUAACGACGUCCAACUACUAAGGCAACAGACCGAAGAGGCACACGUUACAGCCAAAGAAACAGACGAGAAGCUGCAGCUCGCGCUGCAGGAGGCCGAGGAGGCUAAGGCAGCACAAGAGCGCGCAGACGACCAGAUACGAGACUCUCCCAAAGCAAACAGCGCAGCCAACGUGAAGGGCCCCGGACCUGCCUCUUCAAGGAAGAUCAGGCUGUCGGUCGAGGAGUUCAAGACCAUGAACCACAAGAUCGAGGAAAGCAGAACCAAUGCUGACUCGAAAGUGCAGUCUCUCACGGCCGACUUGAACAAGAUAAAGGCGAGCCAGAAUGAAGCGUCGCAGAAGGCAGAGGUGAUCUUGAAGCAGAGUGAGGACUUACAGUUGGAUAUUGAGGACGCUAUCAAGAGGACCGAGGUGGCAGAGGCCGGGAGGAAGGUAGUCGAAGGCGAACUCCAGAAAUGUCGUAUUGUGGUCGGAGAGCCAUCUGGAAUAUUGAAAAUGGCAAUAACUCCUGCAUAGCACA